UUUGACAAACUGGUCUAGGCCUCUGGGCUCCUGUUUUCUUGUCUGUAACAUGGGUAAAGUCAGAGCAUCUUCCACCCCUCCUGAGGUUACUAUGAGGUUUGAGUACUGUUAGUGGUUACAGACCUCCUUGCAUACUGCAAGUGACACAUAGUGCUCACUUUUUCCCUAGUUCCAGGGCCUUCGAUGUCCGCUACAUCCCCAGUCUUCCUCUCCUCCUUUUUAGGACAGUCUCACUAAGUCACCGAGUUGCCCAAGCUGAGCCCAAAUUCAAGAUCCUCCUGCCUCAGCCUCCCAGGUUGUUGGGAUUACAGGCCACACCACCACACCCCGAUGGGUUUUCAGCUGUUGUUGUAGUUACUGCUCUCACAGGAGCAGGCGGCCACUCUGACUUCCAGUCCUCCUGGACUGUUUGGUUAGGAACAGCUCGGUCUUUAGAGGGUGUAGGUAGAGAAAGGUUUGAGGGUGAGGGCUCCUCAGAGGAAUGACAAAUGGGGGUGUUUUGGUUGCUGGUUUUGUUCACUAAUUGGUCUCUGAGAUGGUGCCUCACACACAGUAGGUGCUCAGUCUGUGUUUAUUGGUGGCUUUCUGAUAUCGCCUCUCUCUUUGCCCCUAAAGGUCCUUGCUCUAGCACAAGAGGAACAGCUGUGACUGGAAGAGGUCGGCACCCCUCCUGGUGUCCGGGAGGGACUGGGAUGUGGCCUGGGCCCAGAAAGCAGCAGGAAGAUGCUCCAGACCAGCAGCUACAGCCUUGUGCUGUCCCUGCAGUUCCUGCUGCUGGCCUACGACCUCUUUGUCAACGCGUUCUCCGAGCUCCUCCGGAUGGCACCUGUCGUCCAGCUGGUGCUCUUCAUGCCGGCCUGGUCAGCCUCCUGUUCCGUAAGUUCAAAGGGACCAUCAUCCUGACGGCCAUGUACUUCGCCCUCAGCAUCUCCCUCCACAUGUGGGUCAUGAACCUGCGCUGGAGGAACUCCCUGGGCUUCGUGUGGACCAGCGGGCUGCAGGCACUGUUCGUGCUCCAGAGGCUGGCAGCCGUGCUGUACUGCUACUUCUACAAGCGGACCGCCCUGCGGCUGGCUGACCCCCGCUUCUACCGCGACUCACAGUGGCUGCGAAAGGAGUUCCUGCAGGGCUGACGGCGACCUCCGCCUCCUGCUGGAAGCACCUUGGCUGCUCUUCGAGGAGGCCCGGCCGCUGCACUGGGCGCCCACGGCACCCAGGGCACCAGGAGGAAGCGCCGUUCUGCACGUGGCGGGCGCCCUAUGCCUGCUUCACCACCACGCCCUCUGCCUUGCCCCUCCAUCCUGUGGCUCUGAGGGGACAGUGGACACCAGCCCCCGUUCUCCUGGCACCAGCACAGUGACUGAGGCCCCCGUGCACCAGCCCUGCUCCUGACCAGCGGCCCCGCUGACGUUUAGAUGUCACACCCACGGGACGUGUUACGUUUAUAAAUGGGAAAUAAACUGAACUCCUUUCUCAUAA